AUGGCUUCCAAGGGUGAUGGACGACGCAAAUCCGGUGGCAAGCCAAGAUUGGUAGUCACCCUCAAAGUCUCUUCAUCGCGGUUGCGCCAACUGUUGCAGCCUGCCUCUUCCGAGUCCAAAUCUCCAGCAUCAAAAGGGUCUGCAGAAACCAAGGAAUCCGUUUCUUCACCCGCAGUGUCUGCCAACCAGGCCGCGUCAGGUGUCUCUAAUGGGGAUCCUGCUACCGACUCAACCGCUGCGACACCAGCCGCAGAGGAGAACCCGGCAACUCCAUCAAUGCCGCCGCCCUUUGACGGCCGGAAAAAGGGUGCGAAACGAUCUGCCGCAUCGCUCGAUGGCGCGCCCAAAAUUCGCGGCAAACCAGGACCAAAGAAGAAACCCAGAUUAGAGGAUGGUACAAUAGACCACGGUGCCGUCGCCAGAAUGCAAGCUGCGAAACUAGGCCCAAAGGCGAACCAGGGAGCCAUCAACGCUGGCCUUCGGGCGCUCGACAGAUCAGGCAAACCAUGCCGUAAAUGGGCCCGGGGCGGCUUCACGCUGAAAAGCUUUACGGGGGUCGUGUGGGAAGUUCAUCGCUGGACUGCUCCGCCAAAGAGACCUGCCGAAGACGAGAACUCGGAAUCAAGAGCCGCCUCGGUUUCCGCCGACAACAGCAGCAGCAAAGAGAACAAGCCGAAUGGGCAGGAGGAAAAUAGCCCCAACCACAGCAAUGGCGGGGGGGACGUCGACAUCAACAGCGUGCCAAGCAUCAACGCCUCUUCACCAGCUCCUAUUGCAGUAUCAGCCGCGUCAUAG